AUGGUGUCAAAAGGUGGUGGACGAAUACCUGGGAUUCCAGACCGCCCGAAAGACAGAAGCCAAAAAACGUUACCGUUCGCAAGACGAAAACAAGAGGGCAGCAAAGAAGCACAAGAGCCAGAUCAGGGUGCGGUUGUCCCCAAACUUACCACACAAUUCAGUGAGGUGGCACGAGACCAUCUUCAAAUGGCACUGGUGGACGAAACUUCCAACCGCGGCAAACCUGUGCUUGACAAAUGGUCGGAGAUUGAGGCACGGUUGUCUCGCAUAAUCGUCGAUCAUGUCAUGUCGAACCCGGAGGGUCCACCGCCAGGUUUUGACUCGGUGGAAGUGGUUCGCGGUUGCCGGGUAACCAAAUGUGAUGACCAGUACUCAUUGCAUUUCCUGACAAACGCGAUUGGCGAAAUUCAGGACAGCUGGGACGACUUGAGGCUCAAGCUCAUUCCAGCUACCGAGAUACCACGAAGGCGGAGGGCUCGCAUCUGGAUACCAAACAUGGAGUUUGAAGCCAAUCAACUAAUUCCUUAUCUCCAGGCUCACAACUGCUCAAUGCCGAUCACCGAUUGGUCGAUCAUCAAAGCGGAAGCUCCGCAGAAGCACAGCGUGUCGUUCCUUCUUCAAAUCACAGAAGAGAGCCUUGAACCACUGCAAAAAGUGGAAAAUAAACUUUGGUUUGGCAUACGCUGA